AUGGCGGUGGACAAGGAACUGGGUACGGUGGUAGCAGAGGGCCAUGCAAUGGCGGCAAUUGCGGAGGCUCCGGCUAUGGCAGCGGUCAAGGAUCUGGCUACGGUGGCGGACAGGGAUCUUGUCAAGGUGGUAAUUGCGGCGGAGGCCAGGGUUCCGGGUACGGCGGUGGCCAAGGAUCUGGCUACGGUGGCGGACAAGGAUCCUGCAAAGGCGGAAAUUGCGGCGGAGGCCAGGGUUCCGGGUACGGCGGUGGCCAAGGAUCUGGCUACGGCGGCGGACAAGGGCCCUGCCCAGGUGGAAAUUGUGGCGGAGGCCAGGGUUCCGGAUACGGCGGUGGCCAAGGAUCUGGCUACGGCGGCGGUCAAGGGCCCUGCAAAGGCGGAAAUUGCGGUGGAGGCCAGGGUUCCGGAUACGGUGGUGGCCAAGGAUCUGGCUACGGCGGCGGUCAAGGGCCCUGCCAAGGUGGAAAUUGUGGUGGAGGCCAGGGUUCCGGAUACGGCGGUGGCCAAGGAUCUGGCUACGGCGGCGGUCAAGGGCCCUGCAAAGGCGGAAAUUGCGGUGGAGGCCAGGGUUCCGGAUACGGUGGUGGCCAAGGAUCUGGCUACGGCGGCGGUCAAGGGCCCUGCAAAGGCGGAAAUUGCGGUGGAGGCCAGGGUUCCGGAUACGGUGGUGGCCAAGGAUCUGGCUACGGCGGCGGUCAAGGGCCCUGCCAAGGUGGAAAUUGUGGUGGAGGCCAGGGUUCCGGAUACGGCGGUGGCCAAGGAUCUGGCUACGGCGGCGGUCAAGGGCCCUGCAAAGGCGGAAAUUGCGGUGGAGGCCAGGGUUCCGGAUACGGUGGUGGCCAAGGAUCUGGCUACGGCGGCGGUCAAGGGCCCUGCAAAGGCGGAAAUUGCGGUGGAGGCCAGGGUUCCGGAUACGGUGGUGGCCAAGGAUCUGGCUACGGCGGCGGUCAAGGGCCCUGCCAAGGUGGAAAUUGCGGCGGAGGCCAGGGAUCUGGAUACGGCGGCGGAUCGGUGUCCUGUGUCGGUGGAAAGUGCAGUGGUUCCGGUUACGGCGGCGGUCAAGGUUCUGGACACGGUGGACACUAUAGCCACGGACGCUAGCGUACUCUUUAGUUAG